AACUUUAGGAAGUCUGAAUUAGAAAUUUGAAACUUGAUUGUGUGUUAAUAUGUGUGGGGAAGGGUGUUUAAUGAUGCAAUAAUUAGGAUAACAAUGGUGAUAAAUGUAAUAAGCAAUUGUGAGACAAAAAAGCUUACAAAGGUGAAAUCAAAAAAAGAGAAAGUAAAAGCAACAGUUUUUAGUCCACACCCAGAGACAGAGACUGAAGAAGCGCCAGAAAAAAGGAGAAAAAGAAGAAACAAAGAUUUCCCCAUCAUUUCCUCUUCAUUUGUCCUAAUAACCAAAUAAUCCUACUAGAAAGCCAAACAAGGAAAGAAGAAGAGCAAGAUUAUAACCAUAAUGAGUAUGAUAUAAUUGAGGCAGACAAGAAGAGAGAGAAAUAACUAGCUACUGUUAAACUUUGACACAAGCAUAGCACAGCAAAAAGGGUAAACAACAAUGGUGGCAGUGGCUGAAGACAAACAUCAACUCUCUCACCUUCCUCUACAUGAUUCCAAGCUCUGCAAUACUUUGAAUAACCGCAUCUUUCAGGACGUUGCUGGGGACAUAACCAUUGUUGUGGAUGCUGAAUCCUUUCUACUGCACAAGUUUCCCCUGGUUGCUCGAAGUGGGAAAAUCCGGAAAAUGAUAGCAGCAGAUGCCAAGGAUUCAAAGGUGAGCUCCAAGUUGGAGCUCCAUAACCUACCAGGUGGUUCCCAAGCAUUUGAGCUGGCUGCCAAGUUCUGCUAUGGCAUGAACUUUGAGAUCACAUCAGCCAAUGUGGCCCACCUCCGCUGUGCAGCUGAGGUUUUAGAGAUGACAGAGGAAUACCAGCCAGAAAACCUCAUUGCAAGAACAGAAGCCUACCUAGAUGAGGUUGUUGUUCAAAGUAUUGAGAAAGCGGUGGAAGUUCUCUCUGCUUGCGAAUCCCUACCUCUUUCCAUUGUUGAUAAGGUGGGCAUCCCGUGCAAAUGUGUGAAUGCUAUCGCAACCAAUGCAUGCAGAGAGCAGCUGAGUUCGAGUUUCUCUCAAGUAGGUUUCCAUGAUCAAGAGGACUCAGCGGAACUGAAGGAAGAAGAACCUGCUAGCUAUAUUGAUUGGUGGGUUGAAGAUCUCUCAGUGCUAAGGAUUGAUUUCUAUCAGCAAGUCAUCUCAGCUAUGGUGAAAUCAGGUGUUGAUAUUUGUAGUAUCAUUGCAUCUUUGAUGCAUUAUGCUCAAGAAUGGUUAAAGGGAAUUGGGAAACUUCAAAUAUGGAAUCCAGCAAGGUUAAGAUCACACGCUAGCACUCAAGAGCAUGAUCAGAAAGUCAUUGUUGAAGCUCUUGUUGAUCUUCUUCCAUUAGAGAAAUCAAAGUCUUCACCAGUUCCUCUGAGUUUUCUAUUUGGAUUAUUAAGGAUGGCAAUCAUAGUGGAUGCCAACAUCGGCUGCAGGCUUGAGCUGGAGAAGCGGAUUGGUUGCCGGCUAGAAAUGGUUUCUCUAGAUGAUCUGCUUAUCCCGUCUGUUCAUAAAGGAGAUUCCUUGUUUGAUGUUGAUACCAUUUCUAGAAUACUAGUAAACUUUCUUCAGCGAAUGGAAGAUGAAGAAUUUACCGAAGAUCCAUGUGAUUAUGAAUCACAAGGCUUUGGUUCUCCUACUCAUGGUUCUCUAUUGAAGGUUGGACGUCUUAUUGAUGCAUAUCUAGCAGAAAUUGCUCCUGAUCCGUACCUUUCACUGCAAAAGUUCACUGCUAUUAUGGAGACACUUCCAGACUAUGCCCGAGUAAUUGAUGAUGGUCUCUACAGAGCACUUGACAUCUAUCUCAAGGCUCAUCCUACGAUAACUGAAGAUGAGCGCAAGAAGCUGUGCAAAUACAUUGACUGCCAAAAACUCUCACAUGAAGCUUGCAACCAUGCUGCACAAAAUGAUCGGCUCCCAGUUCAUAUGACAGUGAGAGUUCUGUAUUUUGAGCAGCUUCGGUUGAAGAAUGAAAUGUCUGGAAGUUCAGGAGAUGUAUUGUUUUCCCAGAAAAUUAGCAGCGGAAUCCCUAGUGCUGCAAUGUCACCCAGAGACACCUACGCAUCCUUGAGGAGGGAGAACCGAGAACUGAAGCUUGAGAUCUCAAGGUUGAGGAUGAGGCUCAAUGAUUUGGAAAAGGAGCAGACUUGUAUGAAACAGGAGAUGUUGGAAAAGUCAGGAAAUGGUAAGACAUUCUUAACUUCACUCUCAAAAGGAAUAGGAAAGAUUGGGAUUUUCAACACUCCUAGAGGAAACAAGCGACAAAAAUCAGGGAAAAAGGGGAAAACUGGCCGUAGUCGAAGGCACUCAGUUUCUUAGGAUAUCACAUCCAUUCAGAAGCUGCCUCUGCGUGAAAGAAACAUAGAGACAUGAACACCAGAAAUCAGUCCCUGCCAUAACCUUGCUAUAGUAAAAUGUGGAGAUUUUUCAAGAUCAAAUAUCAAAUCAGUGAGUAUAAUCUAGCAUAUCUGAUGAA